AAGUACCGUUCAUCGGACUACGUUGAACGCCAGUCAGGCCACGACUCUCGUAGCGUCAGGUGUUUAAACCUUCCUGGGAAGUCAGUACACAUAAUCCUCUUCUUACCUGCGUUCGUUUCGAGAAAAUAAUCGAUUGCGUUUCUUCCAUCCAAAAAUUUCGGUCGAUCACUCGAGACGAGGAGGACAUCAUGUGGAUUCCCAAAGUAUUUUCGGUGCUGAUCCUCGCUGGGCUGGUCAUCUGCGAUAAGCAAAACGACGAAUAUGAAGGAGCGAGCGAAAUGUAUGAGGCUGCUAGAGCUAUGUUUGACAGUAUAGACGCGGGUGGUAUGCAGAAUUUCAUUUCCCAAUUGAUGCCGGCUGAAGAACCGUGGAAGAUGAACAACUUAGGAGGGGGAGAAGUUGCAGGCCGGGGUGCCGGAAUCGGGCAGCUCCUCGCUGGCAUGGGUAACCUCAUGGGAGCAGUUGCUGGCAACAAAGAUGCCAAAGGCGGUCAACCUACCGCUGGAAUGGCUCUUCCAGUACUGGGAUCACUUCUCGAAAUGGCAUCAAUGGCGAAGGGUGCAAGUGCGAACGAGAGAUCGAAGAAAAGCGUUGACGAGAGUCCUCCAAGCGGCGGAGGCCUCGACUUGGAGAACCUGGUGAACAUGGCUGGUAUGUUCAUGGGUCAAGGUGGGAACAGUCAAGGCCUGUUGGGCCUGUUGCCGAUGUUUCUCGAUACGUUGAACGCCGGAAAUUCGAACGAAGUUGGUACGGGCAAAAAGCACGACCACUCCUCGCACUCGUGGUACAUGCCACCGAUUCUGGAAAAUCUCCACGUCAUGUGGGAUCACUUCAGUCAUUCUGAGCUCGGUCAAACUCUCUGGCGCAAAAGUGGACUCGAGCAAAUACUCAGCACCAUGGUCAACGAGGAUGGUCGCAUCAAAUACGAAAAAAUAUUCGACAGCUUCGAGAACCCUAUGCUUAGGAGGAAGUGGAUCAGAUCGAUGACCAACUUCAUCGCUGACUGGAUCGCUUACAUUGCGGAUCCUGCAACGCGCCAAAGACACAUAACUACCAUUCAGUUCGUGGCUAACAGUUUCCUCAAGUCUCAGGGUUAUCCGAAAUCCGCGAUGUUCGAUGCCACGAAACCAGUCGAGAGUCUUACCAGAGUUGUGAAUGCAGGUGCCAAGAGACACUUGAACAUGCAAAUUGACAGUCAUCAGUAUAUCAAACCAGCGGUUGCUUACACUCAGGACCUCGUGAAACUUGCAUCCGAAAAGGGCUUCAUAAUGUCGCGUGUCAACGCAAAUGAACUCAGUUACAAGCUCAGUGAAACGAUAAACAAUGACCUCAUUUCUCCGUUGCUCAAGGUGUAUCGAGCCUACAAGUGGGCUGUUAAGUCACCCAAGUGCGCUAAGCACGUAUUGUGCACAAUAAACCAGCCGAGUAACGAGAUCGCAGAUCACGAUAAAAUGGGCCCAGUCAGAGCGUUCCUCACCAAAAUGGCGAGUUAUCCAGCCGCCUGGUCGAUCAGUGACAAAACUGGAGUCAGCUUCUGGUCACUGUACGGUGCCAUUCAAGAAAACGACCAAUGCCACGAAAAGUAUCCAGCUGACUGCACGGAGUUCCACGAAGAAGAAAUUCGCGUGACGACCGAAGCUACCCACAGUGAGCUCUGAGAGCCAGCAUCGAAUACCCGUUUAUCCGAAAGUGGAUGAACAAAGUAAAUUGUGUGUUUUGAGCUGAACUGACUUUCGUUUGGCAGCGACAGGCUCCGUUGUCAAAAAAUGUGACAGUGCGACACGAGUUGUCACGAGUCCGAUGACCAUUGAACCUCGAUAUAUAUUUUUUGUAGUCAGUAAGAUGACGGAUCUUCAAUCAGACGAUCCUUUUCCCAGUGUUAAGCCUCUAUUGAGGAAUCAUUAAGUUUUUAUUUUUUUCGUUAUUAAGAAAACGCUCGAGUCUGAAACGAAGGAAACAUACGUCGUUGGAUUUCGUAACGUUGCUGAGCUGGCGCAUUGCAUAUUUUCAACGAAGUUAUGUGAAAACGAUUCAAUAUUUUUGUUGUAGAAUCUCAAAAUUAUGGCAACCGAAAACAAUUAUGGCUGGAGAGUUGUGAACCUUAUGCGAUAGAAAAAUUACAAUAUUUUUCAACAUAGCAACAAUGUCUGGGAAAUAACUGCACAAAUACAUGUACGAAAUUAAACAUUACGUAAGACUUGGUGCGAUUCUUGACUAAUUUCUCGAAAACGUCACAAUCUAUCGCGCUGAAAACCAAUCGCAAUAGAUUGUAGGCCGACUGCUCUUGUAAAUAUUAGGAUAUCGAAGUCGUGUGAAAAAUAAAACGCUUGAGGAAAAAAAUACUAAAAAUAAUUCAUGUAGAAAUCAGCGAAAGAAAAAUUCAA